AUGUCGCGACAGAGAUCCAGAAGAAUCGAACUACCUCCGGCUCAAGAGAAUAUUGAAAAAUUGGAGAAGGUUGUGAACGAGGGAAAUUAUUAUGGAGCUCAGCAAAUGUACAAAUCCAUUAGUGCCAGGUUCAUUAAAGAAAAAGUGGUGGGGAAGGAUAUUGGAGAGAGAAUAAAAAGCGAGGUUGCUAAGGGGACUUACUCCGACAACAUGAUUGCGACAAUCAACGAGAUUGCACUGGAAGAUGAAAACCUAAGCGAGAUCGCAUUGGAAGGGCAAGGUCCUGCGACAGUGGGGAGCGUGAUAUAUGUGACUGCUCAGAGGUUCUCUGAAGCAUUAGAUAUCCUACAUUCAGGAACGUGCAUUCAAUUGUCUAAUGGACAGGUAACCUGCGGAGCAGAGCUAGCUUUAUUGUUUGUGGAGAUAUUAGGAAAAGGAAAAGUUCCUUAUGAUGAGGAAAUACUUGAACGUCUCAAGAAAAUCUACGAAUCAUUCCCUCGGGUUCAAUUGCCUCAACACCUGUGGGAUGUUGAUGACAUGCAGCAGCUUUCUGAAAACAUUCGAAGUGCAAAGACACGUGUUGAGGGCUGCUCGUCAUUCUUAAAAGCUGCUAUCAAGUGGUCUGCCGAAAAUGGAGAAAGUAUUAGUGGAUCUCCAGAGCUGCACAUCAUGCUAGCUGAAUACAUAUUUUCUGAAAGUCCAGAAGUGGAUAUGACUAAAGUGACAUAUCAUUACGUGAAAGGAAAUAAUCCAAAGAAGUUUGCUACUACUCUCGUGAGUUUUUUGGGCAAGUGUUAUCCUGGUGAAGAUGAUUUAGCCAUUGCAAGGGCAGUGUUAAGGUAUUUAUCUACAGGUAAUUUGAAAGAUGCGAACAUACUAAUGGACGAGAUAAAGAAUCAAGUUGAAUCAGCUGAGGUUACGUUUCCUAAGUCAGAGUUGAUGCAAUUCAUUAAUUAUCUUUUGCGAACGUUGGAGAGAGAUGCUUUGCCUCUUUUUAAUAUGUUGAGAGCAAAUUUUAGGCCAAGUAUUGAAAGGGAACCAGCGUUCAAUGAGAUGCUAGAUGAUAUUGCGGAGAGGUUCUUUGGAGUACAACGAAGGAACCCCAUGGGGAUGUUUGGUGAUAUAUUCAAGUUGAUGGGAGCUGAGUAA